AUGGCCUUCGCCGGGAUGGCGUCCAUCCCCAAUUGUGACAGCACGGCGCAGACGUCUGGAGUCCCCAUCAGCUCUGCCCGCAGCGGCCACCACGAGGAGGAGGACAUUGCCGCUGCAAACCAGAACACCAUCGACACCGCAGCAACCUCCGUCACCGAGGUCGCCGCCUCCGAUUCCGGGCCCAAGAAGCCCUCCACCCCGCCCGACAGCGACAAGAUCUCCGCCGAGGACGAUGAGGAUUCCGAGAUGGAGCGCCGCCAAUCCCUGGUGCAAUCCCUCGCCAAGCGCUACUCCCAUGCCUCCGCCACGGGCAGCGUCGGAGGAAACCCCUUCUUCGCCGACGAGAACUCGCCUUUGAACCCCAACUCGCCAAACUUCCACGGCCGCGCCUGGGCCAGGGCCAUGGUCGACCUUGUUCAGCAGAACGGUGCUUCUUUCCGCACUUCGGGAGUCGCCUUCCAGAACCUCAAUGUCUACGGCUACGGUCAGGCGACGGAUUACCAGAAGGAUGUUGGCAACAUCUGGCUGAGUGCCGCCGGCGUCGUGCGCAAGUUUACGGGCGGUGGACAGACCAGAAUCGACAUUUUGCGCAACUUCGAUGGUCUUGUCCGCAAGGGCGAGAUGUUGGUUGUGUUGGGCCCUCCCGGUUCCGGUUGCUCGACCUUCCUCAAGACCAUUGCCGGUGAAACAAACGGACUCUACACCGACGACAGCUCCUACUUCAACUACCAGGGAAUGACCGCCAAGGAGAUGCACACCAACCACCGUGGUGAGGCCAUCUACACCGCCGAGGUUGACGUUCACUUUCCCCAAUUGUCCGUUGGUGACACCCUCACCUUCGCUGCCCGCGCCCGCCAGCCGCGUCAGCUUCCCGAAGGUAUCGACAAGAACACCUUCGCAGGCCACUUGAGAGAUGUCGUUAUGGCCAUGUUCGGUAUUGCCCACACCGUCAACACCCGCGUCGGUAACGAGUACAUCCGCGGUGUUUCCGGUGGUGAGCGUAAGCGUGUCACCAUUGCAGAGGCUGCUCUGUCUGGUGCCCCUCUUCAAUGCUGGGACAACAGUACCCGUGGGCUGGAUUCCGCCAACGCCAUCGAGUUCUGCAAGACCCUGCGCUUGCAAACCGAGCUCUUCGACAGCACCGCCUGUGUUUCUAUCUACCAGGCUCCCCAGAGCGCCUACGACUUGUUCGAUAAGGUCGUCGUCUUGUACGAGGGACGCCAGAUCUUCUACGGCAGAGCCACCGAGGCCAAGCAGUACUUUGUCGACCUUGGCUACGACUGCCCGCCCCGUGCCACUACCCCCGAUUUCCUGACGUCCAUGACCUCUCCCCAGGAGCGUCACGUCCGCAAGGGCUGGGAAGACCGCGCCCCCCGCACCCCUGACGAGUUCGCCACUUGCUGGAAGAACAGUGCCAACUACAAGGCCCUCCAGGCCGAGAUCGAGGAGUACAAGCAGACGCACCCGCUCAACGGUCCCGACGCCGAGGCUUUCCGUGCUUCCAAGAAGGCUCAGCAAGCCAAGGGCCAGCGUGCCAAGUCUCCCUUCACUCUGUCCUACGUCCAGCAGAUCCAGCUCUGCUUGUGGCGUGGGUGGAGGCGUUUGAUCGGUGACCCCAGUAUCACCGUUGGCUCUCUCAUCGGAAACGUCGUCAUGGGUCUCAUCAUUGGAAGUGUCUUCUACAACCUGCAACCCAACACCCAGAGUUUCUUCCAACGCGGUGCCCUCCUCUUCUUCGCCCUGCUCAUGAACGCCUUCUCUAGUGCCCUCGAGAUUCUUACGCUGUACGCUCAACGUCCCAUUGUCGAAAAGCACGCCCGCUACGCUCUGUACCACCCUUCGGCUGAGGCCGUCGCAUCAAUGUUGUGCGACAUGCCUUACAAAAUCUCGAAUACGAUCGUCUUCAACCUGGUCCUCUAUUUCAUGACGAAUUUGCGCCGGGAGGCGGGGAGCUUCUUCUUCUUCCUCCUGAUCUCGUUCUUCACCGUCUUGACAAUGUCCAUGAUUUUCCGGACCAUCGCAUCGUCAUCCAGAACGCUAUCUCAGGCAAUGGUUCCGGCUGCCAUUCUCAUUUUGGACCUCGUCAUCUUCACCGGUUUCGUCAUUCCCAUCGAUUACAUGCUGGAUUGGUGCCGCUGGCUCAACUACCUCGAUCCUUUGGCCUACUCCUUCGAGGCUCUUAUCGUCAACGAGUUCCACGGCCGCAACUUCACCUGCUCGCCGGAAAGCUUCGUUCCCCGCCCCGACAUCCCUGGCUACCAGAACGUCACUUCCACCCAGAGAGUGUGCAGUGCCAUCGGUUCAAUUGCCGGCCUUGAUGUUGUCAGCGGCGACGACUAUGUUGGCUCUGGUUUCCGCUACGAGUGGGGCAACCGCUGGCGCAACUUCGGUAUCCUCAUCGCCUUCAUGCUGUUCUUCCUGAUGACCUACAUGGUUACCGCAGAGUUGGUCUCCGAGAAGAAGUCCAAGGGCGAGGUUCUGGUCUUCCGUCGCGGCCACAAGCCGGCGGCUCUCAAGGAGAAGCACUCCGACGACCCUGAGGAUAUUCGCGUUGGACCCGUCACCACCGCCGAGCGCCGACACAUCUCUGAGAAGAACGACGGUCUCAUUGAGGAGCAAAAGUCCACCUUCCACUGGGAUGAUGUCUGCUACGAGGUUCAAAUCAAGAAGGAGACACGACGCAUUCUGGACAACGUGAGCGGUUGGGUCAAGCCUGGAACUUUGACUGCCCUUAUGGGUGUCUCUGGCGCCGGCAAGACUACGCUUUUGGACUGUUUGGCCGACCGUACCUCGAUGGGUGUCAUCACCGGCGAGAUGUUGGUCGACGGUUACCACCGCGAUACUUCUUUCCAACGCAAGACCGGUUAUGUCCAGCAACAGGAUCUGCACUUGCAAACUACUACCGUCCGCGAAGCCCUCAACUUCUCCGCCCUUCUGCGCCAGCCCGCUCAUGUCCCUAAGCAAGAGAAGCUUGACUAUGUUGAGGAAGUUAUUAAGUUGCUGGAUAUGGAAGAGUACGCUGAUGCCGUCGUCGGUGUUCCUGGCGAGGGUCUCAACGUCGAACAACGUAAACGUCUUACUAUUGGUGUCGAACUGGUUGCUAAGCCUCCUUUGCUGCUGUUUGUUGAUGAGCCUACCUCCGGUCUCGACUCGCAGACGUCAUGGGCUAUUCUCGACCUUUUGGAGAAGCUUACCAAGAGUGGCCAGGCUAUUCUUUGCACUAUUCACCAGCCUUCUGCCAUGCUCUUCCAGCGCUUCGAUCGUCUCCUCUUCCUUGCGAAGGGCGGCAAGACUGUCUACUUCGGCGAUAUCGGCGACAACUCCAAGGUCAUGACAUCUUAUUUCGAGCGCAACGGCGGUUUCCCCUGCCCGGUUGAUGCCAACCCCGCUGAGUGGAUGUUGGAAGUUAUCGGCGCCGCCCCCGGAUCCCACACCGACAUCGACUGGCACCAGGCCUGGAGGAACAGCCAAGAGUUCCGCGAGGUGAAGCAGGAGUUGCAGCGCCUCAAGGACGACCGCGGCACCCAGACCCCCGCCACCCAGGACAAGGCCAGCUACCGCGAGUUCGCUGCCCCAUUCAUGGGCCAGCUGAGGGAGGUUACCCAUCGCGUCUUCCAGCAAUACUGGAGAACCCCGUCAUACAUCUACGCCAAGGCCGCUCUUUGCACUCUGGUUGCCGCUUUCAUCGGAUUCGUCUUCUUCAAGGCUCCCAACACGCAACAGGGUCUCCAGAACCAGAUGUUUGCCAUUUUCAACCUGCUCACCGUCUUCGGCCAGCUCGUCCAGCAGACCAUGCCCCACUUCGUCAUCCAACGGUCUUUGUAUGAAGUGCGCGAGCGUCCGUCCAAGGUGUACGGCUGGAAGGUUUUUAUGCUCAGCCAGAUUAUUGUCGAACUGCCGUGGAACACUCUGAUGGCUGCGAUCAUGUAUUUCUGCUGGUACUACCCCGUUGGUCUCUACCAGAACGCCAUCCCCGCCGACCAGGUUACGGAACGUGGCGCCCUGAUGUUCCUGUACCUGCUCGUCUUCCUCCUCUUCACCUCGACCUUCACUGACUUCAUCAUCGCCGGAUUUGAAACCGCCGAAGCCGGAGGUAACAUUGCAAACUUGCUCUUUAUGCUCUGCCUCAUCUUCUGCGGUGUCCUCGCCAACCCCGACACCAUCCCGCGCUUCUGGAUCUUCAUGUACCGCGUAUCGCCGUUUACGUACAUCGUGUCAGGCAUGCUGUCGACGGCCGUCGCGAACACGGAAGUCGUAUGUGCCGCCAACGAGUACCUGCACUUCGACCCUCCGUCUGGUGAGACCUGUAUCCAGUACAUGGGCCCCUACAUCCAGGGCCUGGGCGGUUACCUCCUGAACGAGAACGCCACCAGCGACUGCCAGUUCUGCACCAUCCAGGACACCAACUUCUUCUUGGCCGGCGUCAAGAGCGACUACGCGGACCGCUGGAGGAACUUCGGCAUCGCCUGGGUCUACAUCAUCUUCAACGUCUUCGCCGCGCUCGGCCUCUACUGGCUGGCGAGAGUGCCCAAGAAGGGCGGCCUUUUCGGCAAGAAGAAGACGGAGUAG